AUGCCGCCACUAGCAAUGAAGCGCGAGGAAAGCCUUGUUCAAAGGACACGUGUGAACUACAGGAGUCCAUCUGCUGGGAUGACUCGUAGAAGCAGGGUAACGUGCUGGAUUUUACUUCUCCAGUGCCUAGUGGAGCUGUAUGCCACUUCGUGUCCAGAAGUUGCGCAUUGUAUAUGUACACUAGAGGAGGGAAGUGAGAACGAUACAAUGAUAGUGUCUAAACUCGACUGCGGUAGUAAACGCCUUUCAACCAUUCCAAAUCUGGAAGAAUUUAAAAACGCCAUCAUAAGAAAAUUAAUUCUAUCUAACAAUUCCUUCCAAAGCGUGAAUUUAAACAAGUCUAUGUUCCGUGGAUUAAAGAUUGAAGAGUUGGAUUUGAGUCACAACAGGUUCGGAGGAAUCCGGGAUGAUGUGUUCCGACCAAUACGAUCGACACUCCGAAUACUAUUAAUGGACGAUAUCAAUCUUAGAUUCAACAAUAUUAAUUUUUUAAAGAGACUGAUGAGAUUAGACCGUCUGUCUUUGAGACACAAUGUCCAGGACAGUGCUGUCAGACUUAAUGGUGGAAGAUUCCCUACGUCUCAUCUAUUACAACUUGAUUUAAGUCAUAACAAGUUCACUAAAAUAUCCGAUAAUGCCUUCACCCAUUUACGCGCAACUUUGCAAACUCUUUACUUAGAAAAUGUUGGGUUAGACUUCAAUAAUUUAAACUUCUUAACUAACAUGACAAAAUUACAAAGUCUUUAUUUGGGCAGUAACGGAAAGUACCCCCUACAUUUAGAUGGUGAACCUUUCUUUGGCUUAAAUCUAAGAUCGUUAAAAUACUUGGGUUUAAAUAAAUGCGAAAUGGCAUUAGCAAAAGAAAACAUAUUCGAAGGUCUCGAAAAUUUGACUCACUUAGAUUUGUCUGGAAACAUGCUACACGUUAUUCCUUCUGCCAUUUUGAAAUUGACCAGUUUGGUCAGUAUAAACCUUUCGCAAAACAUUAAGCUUGACCAUAUACAAGACAGAGCAUUUGUGAUGCUUUCAAAUCUUAAAGAAAUUAAUCUUCGUGGGACAGAUCUCAGGAUUAUUGCAGCAAAAGCGUUUUCUGGACUCGAAGAGACGCUUGAAACUCUGCUUAUUUCGAAUGCUCGACUUCCAGGGGGUUAUUUUUGGAUUAUGGCAUUAAGGCCGCUUAGAACAUUGAAAAUUUUGGAUUUUUCAUACAACAAAAUAAACCAUAUUUCCAACGAUACGUUUGGAUCACUGCAGUCUUUACAGGAAUUAGAUAUGAGUGGAAAUCCUUUAUUAGAAUUCACAGACAACAUGUUCGAGGGAAUUGAACUCACGCUGAAAAGGCUGAUUAUUCGUGAUAUGCGUCUCAAGCGUCUACCAACAGACGCCAUUGUGACACUAAGACACUUGGACGUAUUAGACGCAUCAGACAACAUGUUUCCGACUCUUUUCGACAAUUUCUUCUCGGGGCUGAGAGCCAGGGUACUUGUAAUGAAAAACUCGCACAUAAUGUCAGUUUCUCCCGGAGCUUUUCACGGGCUUAAGGGACCUCUGUCAAUUAUAAUGGACGGAAAUAACAUUUCUGAUUUAUCGUUCUUGCAUGACCUCAGUCCUUAUCUGGUGAGUAGCCUUUCCGUCUCGGACAAUCCGCUCAUGUGUGAUUGUACUGUUUUAGGAAUUGUACACUUCAAAAUAGCCGGUCAGGUUCAUGGAACUUGUGCAGAUGAAGAUAAUCAGCGGAGAAAUUUGCAGCACAUUUCUGACGAUAAUUUAUUUCUAGAGAAAUCGACAGGAAGUAAGCAGAAAAUAGUUCCAUAUAAAGUCAUCUUCUUAUUGUUUGUGAAAUGUUUAAAUAUCAACAUUUCCACCUACAUAUUGCUUCGCGUUUCUUGUUUAUACAAAAUUAAUUCAAUAAGUUCAGAUUUACACUUUUCUUACUGUAUAGCGAUCCGGGCUCCUAUGUGCCAGACUUGA